AGCUUGGUGACUAGAAAAGCCAAUCAUUCAAGUGACCAGCCAAGAGCCAACACACACCACUGUGAGCCUCUGCUCUGCUCUGCACUCCACACAAGCUCAGCAAUAAUGCCUCGCCCCUGUGCUCCUCGCCUCCUCCUCGCCGCCGUGCUCCUGGCCCUCGCGGCCACUGCCGCCGCGUCGCCGGCGAACAGCGCCGCCGCGGCCACCGACUUCAUCCGUAAGUCGUGCCGCGCGACGCAGUACCCGUCGGUGUGCGUGCAGAGCCUGUCCUCGUACGGCGGGUCGCCGCCGCCGCGGAGCCCGCGGGAGCUGGCGCGCGCGGCGCUGGCCGUGAGCGCGGACCGCGCGCGCGCGGCGUCGGCGUACGUGGGGCGGCUGUCCGGCGCGCGCGCGGGCCCCGUGCGCGACUGCCUGGAGAACAUGGCGGACAGCGUGGGCCACCUCCGCGACGCGGCGGAGGAGAUGGGGGGCAGCAUGGGCCGCGCGGGUUCGCCGGGGUUCAAGUGGCACCUGAGCAACGUGCAGACCUGGUGCAGCGCGGCGCUCACCGACGAGAACACCUGCCUCGACGGGCUCUCCCGCGGCGUCGACCCCGCCACGCGCGCCGCCAUCCGCGGCAAGGUCGUCCAGGUCGCCCAGGUCACCAGCAACGCGCUCGCGCUCGUCAAUCGGGUCGGGCCAGGGUACUAGCCGACGAAUCAAGCCCAAGCCCAAGCCCAGUGAUUCCCUAGGAACGUACAUAUUGUAAUGGUGUUACAUGUCUGUUCUCUUCACCUGUUUUUUUUUUCUUUCUUUAUCUAACUCUUCACCUGUUGAUGUGCUGUUCGAUGUGUUCUUGCUAUAUAUGCUUGUAAGAUGCAGUUUUUUUGGCUUUUAAAACUGAUAAUGUUGAGUAUUUGCCGAUCCAA